GCCAUGGCAACCUUUGACGUCAGCGCCACUCAGCCCCUGCCCCUGCUCCAAGGAAGCUACGAGUGGGUGGGAGACCCCGUGGAUGCGUCCUGGAAGAGCGCGCGGAUUGUGACUGUCAACUGUGCAGCAGCAGGAACAUCACCGGUCUGAGGUAAAGAACGCAAUCGCCAUGGAUAAAAGCGAGCUUGUACAGAAGGCCAAACUGGCCGAACAGGCCGAGCGUUACGACGACAUGGCCUCCGUGAUGAAGGAGGUGACGGAGAAGGGAGAGGAGCUGACGGACGAGGAGCGGAACCUGCUCUCGGUGGCCUACAAGAACGUAGUGGGGGCGUGCCGCUCGGCGUGGAGGGUCGUCUCCAGCAUCGAGCAGAAGAUGAAGCUGGAGAGCAGCGACAAGGAGCAGAUCGCCAAAGAGUAUCGCGAGAAUAUCGAGUCCGAGCUGCAGACCAUCUGCAACGACGUGCUGCAUCUCUUGGACAAGUUCCUGAUCCGCACCUCGUCUCCAGCCGAGAGUCAGGUGUUCUACCUGAAAAUGAAGGGAGAUUAUUAUCGCUACCUGGCCGAGGUCGCCGUGGGAGACGACAAAAAAAGCAUCGUGGAUAAAUCCCGGGAGGCGUACCAGGCUGCGUUCGACAUCAGCACAGAGAACAUGCAGCCCACUCACCCCAUCCGACUGGGCCUGGCGCUCAACUUCUCCGUCUUCUACUACGAGAUCCUCGGCUCGCGCGAGCAGGCCUGCGAACUCGCCAAGAAGGCGUUCGAUGAUGCGAUCGCCGAGCUUGACCAGCUGACCGAGGACUCGUACAAAGACAGCACGCUGAUCAUGCAGCUGCUCCGGGACAACCUGACACUGUGGACUUCAGACAAUCAGGAGGAGACGGAGGAGGGACGGGAAAACUGAAAAGAAUAAACACAAACAAACAAACAAAAAAACUGCUGAGAGCCUGAUACACACUCUCUGCUCCUCCACACCAGCCUCUCCUGUUCGUGUGUGUGUGUGUGUGUGUGUGUGUGUGUGUGUGUGUGUGUGUGUGUGUGUGUGUGUGUGUGUGUGUGUGUAGGAGGGUGAGUUGAUCUGGAGACUUGAUCAUGCCUUGGGGCACAAACUAGAGGGAGGGAUCAUUUUUAAUAAACUGGACACAUUCGUGUAUGUGUGUGCUUUAUACCUACA